AUGUGCAGUUUGUAUGAUGUCGCUAGAAACUCCCGACGUUGGCCUUUAACAAUAUUUUUUAAUUUAUUAAAUAUUUCUUGUAUUAAUGCUUUAAAUGUAUACUCCGCUAAUAAGAAUUAUGCUAAAGUAAACAGAGCAGACUUUUUGGAAACACUUGCACUUUGUCUAAUUAGACCAAAUACAGAGAGACGAAUACUCAAUAAAAAUUUACCAAAAUCCAUAAGAUUUCGAGGGAGAAAAUUAUUAGGAUUGGAAAAGGAAACAGAAACAGAAAAAAAUGUAAAAACAAAACGCCCAGGUGGAGUUGGUAAAUGUCAUCUAUGUGGACGAGCACGUAACAAAAGCACACGUAAUUCAUGCGAAACUUGCUAUAAAUGGGUAGGUAUGCAACGAUCACCUCAAAUAUAUAUGCGAUUGUUGUUUCAAUAA